AUGGAUGUAGAAAAUGAGCAGAUACUGAAUGUAAACCCUACAGAUCCAGAUAAUUUAAGUGACUCUCUCUUUUCUGGUGAUGAAGAAAAUGCUGGGACUGAGGAAAUAAAGAAUGAGGUAAAUGGAAAUUGGAUUUCGGCAUCUUCCAUUAAUGAAGCUAGGAUUAAUGCCAGGGCAAAAAGGCGGCUGCGGAAAAACUCAUCCCGGGACUCCGGCAGAGGCGAUUCUGUCAGUGAUAAUGGAAGUGAAGGCCUUAGAUGUGGAGUAACUGCACCAACCAGUCCAAAGGGAAGGUUGCUGGAUAGGCGAUCCAGAUCUGGGAAAGGACGGGGAUUACCAAAGAAAGGUGGUGCUGGAGGCAAAGGUGUCUGGGGCACACCUGGACAAGUAUAUGAUGUGGAGGAGGUAGAUGUGAAAGAUCCUAACUAUGAUGAUGACCAGGAGAACUGUGUUUAUGAAACUGUAGUUUUGCCUUUGGAUGAAAUGGCAUUUGAAAAGACUCUGACACCAAUUAUACAGGAAUAUUUUGAGCAUGGAGAUACUAAUGAAGUUGCGGAAAUGCUAAGAGAUUUAAAUCUUGGAGAAAUGAAAAGUGGAGUACCAGUGUUGGCAGUGUCCUUAGCGCUGGAGGGAAAAGCCAGUCACAGAGAAAUGACAUCUAAGCUUCUUUCUGAUCUUUGUGGGACAGUAAUGAGCACAAAUGAUGUAGAAAAAUCAUUUGAUAAAUUGUUGAAAGACCUACCUGAAUUAGCACUGGAUACUCCUAGAGCACCGCAGUUGGUGGGCCAGUUUAUUGCUAGAGCUGUUGGAGAUGGAAUAUUAUGUAAUACCUAUAUUGAUAGUUACAAAGGAACUGUAGAUUGUGUACAAGCUAGAGCUGCUCUGGACAAGGCUACUGUGCUCCUGAGUAUGUCUAAAGGUGGAAAGCGCAAAGACAGUGUUUGGGGCUCUGGAGGUGGGCAGCAGUCUGUUAAUCACCUGGUUAAAGAGAUUGAUAUGCUGCUGAAAGAGUAUUUACUCUCUGGAGACAUGUCUGAAGCUGAACAUUGCCUUAAGGAACUGGAAGUACCUCAUUUUCACCAUGAGCUUGUAUAUGAAGCCAUUGUAAUGGUUUUAGAGUCAACUGGAGAAAGUACAUUUAAGAUGAUUUUGGAUUUAUUAAAAUCUCUUUGGAAAUCUUCCACCAUUACUCUAGACCAAAUGAAAAGAGGUUAUGAGAGAAUUUACAAUGAAAUUCCGGACAUUAAUCUGGAUGUCCCACAUUCAUACUCUGUGCUUGAGCGAUUUGUAGAAGAUUGUUUUCAGGCUGGAAUAAUUUCCAAACAACUCCGAGAUCUUUGUCCUUCAAGGGGUAGAAAACGUUUUGUAAGUGAAGGAGAUGGAGGUCGUCUUAAACCAGAGAGCUACUGA